AUGGACCCCCACAGCACCUCCCGCGAAAAGCUCCUGAUAACCGGCGCGACCGGCUACAUCGGCUUCAAAACCCUUCUCACAGCUCUCUUUCGCGGCUACAGACUACUUGCCCUGAUCCGAAGAGACAGCGACAUCUCUGACCUCCAAUCCAAAAGCGCUUCUAUCACUGAAUCCACUCGAUCAGGACAACUGAAGUUUGCCGUUGUCCCGGAUUUUCUAGCCGAAGAUGCCGUCUACAAUGUUCUGAGGGGAUCGGGGACGACGGUGAUUGUUCAUCUGGCGUCGCCGUUGGCUCUUCAGACAGAGGAUUAUGAAGAGGAUAUCAUCCUCCCUGCUGUUUCGAUGGUAACAGUGUUCCUUGAGGCUGCGGGAAGGGUGGAGAGUGUGAAGAGGGUUGUUGUCACUUCUUCUUGCGUGACCCUCAUCCCCUUCGAGUGGAACUUCAACCCAGACUCCGAGAGACUCUAUACCGCAACCGACCUAAACCCCACCCUAAACAUCACCCCAGCCUCUUCCAUGGAAGCCUACUGGAUCUCCAAAGCGCUUGCCCGAAAGGCCAGCCGUGACUUUGUUGAAACCCAUCGUCCUAGCUUUGACUACGUGAACCUCCUCCCCGGCGUGGUCAUCGGUCCCGAUGACCGUCUUACCCCAUCGCCCACGAACAGAAACGUGAAGAGCGAUGAUGUGGGUGUGCCGGUGCAUGUGAGUGAUGUCGCGAGGGCACAUAUCGAUGCUGUGGAUCGGCGGAGGAUUCCUGGGAAUCGGGAGUUUAUUCUUGUUUCGGAUGCUGAUGCUGUCGAGGGUGUGGACUGGGAGGAGGGUGCUAGGGAGGUUGUGCGGAAGUACUAUGGGAAGGAGCUUGAGGGUGGUUUGUUUCCGAUGGAAGGGAGGUUGGGGGCGAUUCGGUGGAGGGUUGAUACGAGGGAGACGGAGAAGGUGUUUGGGUGGCGGUUUGUGGGGUUCCAAGAGACUAUCAAGGCCCUUGUCGCGCAGUGGGUUGAGUUGAAGCGGUUGGAGAGGUCAGUGGAGGCUGGAUGCGAGUAG